CUCCAGCCUCCAGCUUUUAGAAGGUCCAGCUGCUCUCUUCGCGUUCGGAGGAUAGAACCUUGAGCUCCCCAACGUUCUAUCGUUAAAGGAACAGCGUCAAAGUAACGGGAGGGAGGGGGGAAAGUAACUAAAAGUAACUAAAAGUAAUUAAAAGGAGAAAAGGACAGGCAAGAUGAGGGAAAUCGUGCACAUUCAAGCUGGGCAAUGUGGUAACCAGAUCGGUGCAAAGUUCUGGGAGGUGAUCAGUGAUGAACAUGGAAUUGAUCCCACUGGUACCUAUCAUGGGGACAGUGACCUACAGCUUGAUCGCAUCAGUGUUUACUACAAUGAGGCCACUGGUGGCAAAUAUGUUCCUCGUGCCAUCUUGGUUGAUUUGGAGCCAGGAACUAUGGACUCUGUAAGGUCUGGACCUUUUGGCCAGAUUUUCCGACCAGACAAUUUUGUAUUUGGCCAGAGUGGAGCUGGUAACAACUGGGCCAAAGGUCACUAUACAGAAGGUGCUGAGCUGGUGGAUUCAGUCCUGGAUGUAGUGAGGAAGGAAGCAGAGAGCUGUGAUUGUCUCCAAGGUUUCCAGCUGACCCACUCUCUGGGUGGUGGAACCGGUUCAGGCAUGGGCACCUUACUGAUCAGCAAGAUCCGGGAAGAGUACCCUGACCGCAUCAUGAACACCUUCAGUGUUGUGCCAUCUCCCAAGGUCUCCGAUACAGUGGUUGAGCCAUAUAAUGCCACCCUCUCUGUGCACCAGCUGGUGGAGAACACAGACGAAACCUACUGCAUUGACAAUGAAGCCCUUUACGACAUCUGCUUCCGGACCCUCAAGCUUACCACUCCUACCUAUGGUGACCUGAACCACCUGGUUUCAGCCACUAUGAGCGGUGUGACUACCUGCCUCCGGUUCCCUGGACAGCUGAACGCCGACCUCCGUAAACUAGCGGUCAACAUGGUUCCCUUUCCCCGACUCCACUUCUUCAUGCCUGGCUUUGCCCCCUUGACCAGCCGUGGUAGCCAACAGUAUCGGGCCCUGACAGUGCCAGAGCUGACACAGCAAGUUUUUGAUGCCAAGAACAUGAUGGCAGCCUGCGACCCCCGCCACGGGCGCUACCUGACAGUGGCAGCUGUCUUCCGAGGACGCAUGUCCAUGAAGGAGGUAGAUGAGCAAAUGUUGAAUGUCCAGAACAAGAACAGCAGCUACUUUGUUGAAUGGAUCCCCAACAAUGUCAAAACAGCCGUUUGCGACAUCCCUCCCCGAGGUCUCAAAAUGGCAGUCACCUUUAUCGGUAACAGCACAGCCAUUCAAGAGCUGUUCAAGCGUAUCUCCGAGCAGUUCACAGCUAUGUUCCGCCGUAAGGCCUUCCUCCACUGGUACACAGGUGAGGGCAUGGACGAGAUGGAGUUCACAGAAGCAGAGAGCAACAUGAAUGACCUGGUCUCUGAAUACCAGCAAUACCAGGAUGCCACAGCUGAGGAAGAGGAGGAUUUCGGUGAAGAGGCUGAGGAGGAAGCUUGAGGUUAACCUGCUACCAUUUUAAGAAAGAAGUUAAAUAAAUAAAUCCGCACAAAAUAAAAAUUAAAGAAAAAUUGCA